GCGUCAUUUCCGGUUUCUCUCCGAUACUCGAUCGCCCACUCACUCGUCCCUCGUCACUCGUCUCGAGACGCCAAAAGUCGACGCCAACACUCGUCUCCAUUCCUAUCAACAUUUUACCGUGAAUUAUCAGGCAACGUUAGUUGAUCAGCGUUGAUUAUCUCCACUAACUAACAGUGCACCGAGUGAAUUAAUAGAGAAAUUCGCUAUGUACACCAGGAGCCGAGGAUCAAACCAAACCCAACAGAAUACAUCGUUCGUUCGAGGACCGACUAUGAACGCCAACCCCGGGUACCAGACGGGGAAUGCUCAAUCUUAUCAGCAAGCAGGAACACCGCAGAAGCAGUCUCAGCCUCAGGGCCAGAUGCAGACUCCAGGGCAGGGACAGGCUAAGAUGGGAACACCCCAGCAGCAGCAGAUGAAGUUCCAGGGCCUGCAGCAGCAGACCCCGCAGAAGCCCUUCCAAGGCCAGCAGAUGCAGCAUACACCCCAGCAAGGCCAACAGAUGCAGCAUACACCCCAGCAAGGCCAGCAGAUGCAGCAUACACCCCAGCAAGGCCAGCAGAUGCAGCAUACACCCCAGCAAGGUCAGCAGAAGCAGUUUGGACAGCAGCAGCAGCAACAACAACAACAACAGCAGCAGCAACAACAGCAGCAGCCGCAGCAGACUCCUGAGAAGAAGAUUCCAGGGCUGAAUAUCGCCAUGCCGAAGACUCCAGGGCCCAAUGCCAAUCAGAAUAAUGCGCAGGGGAGUGUGGGGGCUGCCGGAGCUGCCGCCACUGGACAAAAUCAGGAGAGUUCCAUGGAUUACGAGGAUGUCAUGCCUGAGGGGGAUGGCUUCUCCGAGACUAGUGAUCAGCCUAAGUGGAGGCGCUCGAAGCUUCAAGGAACCAAGGUCAAUAGAAAAUUGAGACGUCUGAGGAUGAACCAGCGUCUGAGGAAGACUCUUAUGCCCAAGAAUGCAAUAAUGGUUCUAAACGAGAUGAAGGCUGGUGUACAGUUCACCUUCCCAGAGACUCAAUCAGUUCCAAACUCUCUUUUCCUCGUUCAUGCUGAGUUGGAUGGAAAGACCUACGUUGGUCAAGGUCUCUCCAAGCCCUUGGCCCGUCAAAAUGCAGCUGAGAAUGCUCUCAAGUGUCUUCUCCUCGAGAAGAUGACAGCAGCUGCCAACAAAGCACGCACCGACGCUGAGAACGAUCCCCAGGGAGCACCAGAUACCACUGAAGCUUCCAAAGACGAUGGUGCUGCAGCUCCAGUUGCAGCAGCUACAGGAGACUCUGCGAAUCCAGACGCAGCAGCUGGAACUCCAAUGAAUGUCGAUGACACUGACGAGAUACCCUGGAGCUCAUUGGCCAGUUUUGCACUUUACAAACUAUUCCUGGAGUGGCAGAAUCAGGGAACCGUCGUGCCCAUUCCACGACCCGGCACUCAGACACCACCAAAAGCCAAAACUGAAUCGAAACCAUCAACUGAGAAGGUUCUACCUGAGAAUGCACUCUCUGUUCAUCCAGUCAUGCUGCUCAAUCAGAUGAAACCGGGGAUCACUUAUGUCGAAGUCAGCAGGUCUGGGAAUCCACCCAAUACUCUGUUUACACUUUCGGUUGAAAUCGAUGAGAAAAUCUACACUGGAGCUGCAAAGAACAAGAGAGAUGCUAAGAAAAUUGCUGCUAAGGCAGCCCUCAAGGCUCUGUACAAACUCGAGUACCCGGAGGAAGCCAAAUCUGAACCUGCGGAGCCAAUGCAGGUCUCCGAGCAAAUGCAGCAGCCGCUGCAAUAGAUCAACAACUUUUCACAGAUUUUUUCAUAAUUAACGAGUAUGAAUCCUAUAUUUACUGACUUUAGUUCAUGUUAAUCCUGACGUUUCUGAUGAAUACGAAGCAAUUCAACAUGUUUAAUGAACUUCAUUCGUAAUUCAAUGACCAUUUUCUUGAUAUGUAAUGAGUGUCGUAUCGAAAAGCCUGAAUUAAAUAAAAAUCAUGAAACUACAA